AUGGCAUCUCUUAUCUUCGAGCCGUCGGGCUCACCAGAAACUGAUGCAUAUCUCCGCUUGGUGCAAAAUGUCGAUUGGGCCGCUACAUCGAUAGGUGCUAUUGAUGACUGGCCACCGGAACUCCUAUUGCUGUUUCAUCUGAUCAUUCUGGAUCCGCAACCUAGAAUACUCAUCCUUGGGCUGGACAAUUUACUCCUCUACAAUGAAGCCUACGCCGAAUUGGUUGGCGAAAAGCACCCUGCAGCUAUUGGACGACCACUCCAGAUAGUGUUUCCGGAAACAUACGACAUGGCCAUCUUAAUUGUGAAUCACGUUACUUCUACUGGCAGAGCUUCAAUCGAGGAGAGUUUCUGCAUGCCUCUAACGAGAAAUGGUCGGCUUUUGGAGAUCCACAUGUCGUGGGUCUUUGUCCCCUUCNCCAAGACAAGCUCACUUACUGGAACUUCGGUCAUUCUUCGUGAUGAGACACAUAAAUGCUUGUCGGACAGAAGGCAUAUUACAUGUCAUAACUUAGGUCUUGCCGUCAAUCUGGCCACAAGUACGCCUUCUUUAUGGGACACUAUACUUGGAAGCUUGUCUGAAAGAGAACAUGAUUGUCCAUUUGCUCUCCUCUACGCACCUGAGGCUGAUGCUAGGGGUGACGACGAGGUUGUUUUCCAACUGAGAGGCUCGGUUGGAGAUUUUGAGAACAACUCAGUACUUGCACGCGUGCUCAACUUGAACGGUACCAGCAACGAUCCUCUCAAUCGAAGUCUGAGCUCAGCCUUGGUAGCCGAAGACCCCGUCCUUCUGACAACAGAAGAUGGCAGUCUUCCAGAUCCUUGGUCGAAGGCAGCGCUCACACGCGGUUGGGGUGAUGCUUGUAGAGAAGCCGUGAUCCUUCCUCUACAGUCCAACCGGUACCACAAAGUGAGAGCGUUGUUGGUCUUGGGGGUUUCCACACGAACGAACUAUGACGCUGCGUACAAAAACUGGAGUGAGGAAUUGAGAAGAACAGUUGGAAGCACCAUUCAUACGCUCAGGAGAAAGGAGAUCGCAGCCCUGGAACUUGCCCAGCGAGAGAAGAAGGCCAAUACUAUCAGUCGUCAAUACAGCCAUCUCGUCAAGGUCAUGGAGCUCAGUGAUGUUGGCAUAUUCAGUUGCGACAGGGAUGGCAACUUGCUUGAAGCCAACGAGUCUUGGUAUCGACUCUCAGCAUUUCCUCGGCAAAACGAACCGGUGCCUGCUUUUUCUUGGCUGGAAUCGGUUUAUGAUGCAGACAAGGAUUUGGUCAUGUCCCACUGGCACAGCAUGCUUCAAGGAAAACCGGUCACUAUGAGAUGGAAGUGUCCUGAUCGGCCAGAGGGAAGGUGGAUUCUGGCUGUGUGUCUCCCUGUAAUGGACGAGCACGGCAAGAUUGUCAGUAUUGUUAGCCAGCUAGACUCUUCUUGGACCGAUGGUAUCCUCGAACAGGACCUGCCCUUGAUAAGAAACACGGUCCAGCAAAUUAUGACCACACACGAGCCGCAGACGACGCAAUUUAGAUUCCGUCGCAUGUUUGUCAGUGGUGACGGACAUCGCUACCAAUCAUGGGGUUCAUCGACUUCUCAUCCUGAAUUGGACGACGACGGAGCAGUCAAGGCUAUCAUGACGACGACAACAGAUAUCAGUCAUUUGAAAUGGGCAGAAGUUGUGCAGAGGUCAAGGGUCGAGGAAGCACUCGAGGCCAAACGCCAAAACGAAGUUUUCAUCGACAUGACAUCGCAAAACCCUCUCGGAGCAGUUGUCAACGUCUACGUGAAUUGGUUGCAAACAGUGCAGAAGCUGUUCAAAUCAUCACAUCAUGCUCAAGUCAUCAGAAGCGUANCCAAAGAUCGACCGAAGCGACGUGUCACCAUUACCAUGGGCUCUUCCGACAAGCGUCCUUCAGACGGUGCGCUGUCCUCGACCAUUGAUUUCACGUUGCCACAUACCCUGAGCGAUACCGUUCGUGAGUCUGAGGCGCUAUCCACAGGCCCAGAAACGUUCUUCAUCUGGUUCACCGUGUCAGACACGGGAAGAGGAAUCAAGCCAGAUGAGAAAACCAAGCUAUUCUCACGCUUCCAGCAAGCAUCUCCACGAACCUACUCAAAGUAUGGCGGUUCAGGAUUAGGCCUAUUCAUCAGCAGGGAACUCGCAGAACUUCAAGGCGGCGAAAUAGGCAUCGCCACUGAACUCGACGUUGGCUCAACCUUUGCGUUCUUCGUAAAGACGCGUCCAACCACGCCUAUCGUAGAACAACGACCCAUUAACGAGUUUUCUUUCCGCUCUCGUAGCGGAUCUGCUCAGACCAGCUUCAGCAACGAGAUAGCACAAAUCCAUGUCUUGGUCGCCGAGGACAACAAAGUCAAUCAAAAAGUACUCAAGCGCCAGCUCACCAACAAAGGCUACGUAGUCUGGACAGCAGACAACGGUCAAGAAGCCGUCGAUUUUCUACGCCAAACCCGUUAUUGGAACAAUGCCGACAAACCCAAAGAUCACCAAGAANAAGAGCUUCACGUCAUUCUCAUGGAUACAGAAAUGCCCGUUAUGGAUGGGCUCACCGCCGCCAAAGAGAUACGCGAGAUGCAGAGAUCGGGGAUGUUGAAGGGUCAUGUACCCAUCCUCAGUGUUUCUGCAAACGCAAGGCCUGAGCAGACUAGUAUGGCUAUUGCGGCAGGUAUGGACGAUUCCAUUAGCAAACCUUUCAGGAUUGCGGAUUUGACGCCAAAGAUUGAUCGGCUUGCUGAUUUGGCACAUGCUACUUAG